AUGCAGGAAGAGAAAGAAUUGGAUAAGUUAUGCGCACUUUUACGCUCAGUUACAGCAACUACGAUAACAAAAUUGAAAGCUGAACGACCAACACCGGUGGAUCAUGUGAAUGCUUUAAUGGAAUAUACUCAUCAGCAGGUUUGA